AGAUGAGGCUGCAGCGAGCUAGCAAAGGCAUCUGACGCCUCUUUCAUCACGGCCUCAUUGUCUUCUUCCUCGUCUGUUGGUAGAGUUAUCACUCCUCUGAAAGACCUCAUAAAGAGGCAGACAGCUCCAUUGGGCUGUUACCAUACCUUCGACCGCGGCUCAGCGUAGUUGGAGGAAAAAGUCCUCCUGGAGUUGCGCAGCUCAGCUUCGACGACGGCAAGGUCCUUCAAAACAAUCAAGGCAGCUGAGCUGAUCGUCACAAGUGGUAUCCUCCUCUGACAGAGCAGAUUACAAGAGCGUCAUCUCAUCCGUCACCACCUAGCAUCUAUCGUCAUGAGCUCCUACGCCCAUCUCGAGAUCCCAUCUGUGGGGUCAGCCUCUUGGCCCUCGUCCUUCUUCUCAUCAUCAUCCAUCGUAAACACCAAUGUCUCCUCACUACUGCAACAAAAAGCGCUUCUAGGCGCUCUGAUCUGCAUCGGAGCCAACACGCUCGUAUCGCUGGCGCUCAAUGUCCAGAAGAAGGCGCAUCAGCAGGCUGAGCAGCAGAGCAGCGAAGAGGGUGAGGGAGGUCAGCAGGAGGAGCGGCGGCAGGGCCGAGGGGAUGGUGAGGCUGAGCGACUUGCACAGCAAGAGAGGACAGACUACGGCUCAACAGGUAUGCGUAGCAGCAGCGGCAAUAGCAACAGCAAGAAGAAGCCAUCUCGCCCUCCCAUGCCAAAUGGAUCCCCUAUCGAGGAGGACGAAACUGGCCCCUACUCGAUCGACGACUCCUCCGCCUCCGGCCCCUCUCAUCAACGUACACCGUCAGGCAACGGCGGUCCGAACGCAAAGUUCCUCCGCUCUCGUCUCUGGUGGCUGGGUCUGCUCCUCAUGACUUUGGGCGAAGCAGGCAACUUCAUCUCCUACGGAUUCGCCCCUGCCUCCCUCGUUGCGCCGCUCGGGUCUGUCGCCUUGCUCGCAAACGUCUUCAUUGCGCCUGUGAUGCUCAAGGAGCGCUUCGCCACUAGCGACGUGCUGGGAGUCCUUCUUGCUAGUGCGGGAGCUGCAGGGGUAGUGGCCAGUGCGGCCACUGAUGGUGGGGGCGGCGGGGAGUUGGAUGGGACCCCGGAUGCUCUUUGGGGCGCAAUGACGCAGUUGGUCUUUGAGGUCUAUGCGGCAGUCAUGGCUGUUCUCGGCGUCUUGCUAUUGUGGAUGAGCAGCACGAGCCUCGGAGACAGGUACAUUCUAGUCGACGUAGGGGCUUGUGCCGUCUUUGGCGGCUUCACCGUCCUGUCCACAAAGGGCGUCUCGAGCCUCAUCUCGCACGCUGCAGGAGGUGGUGAUAUCGGUGAAGUGCUCCGCUCUCCUAUCACGUAUGGACUCCUUGUGGUACUGGUGGGGACGGCCCUCACGCAGAUCGCUAUGCUCAAUCGGGCUCUGCAGCGAUUUGAUGCUCGUUCCGUCAUCCCCUCGCAGUUCGUCUUCUUCACCAUAUCCGCCAUCUCGGGCUCCGCGGUCCUCUUCCGCGACUUCGAGCGAGCGAGCGUCGGUCGCGUGCUCGGCUUCGUAGCUGGCUGCCUCACGACUUUCGGCGGCGUCUACGUGCUCACGAGGCGCAAGGACGAGGAGGGAGGUGGUGUUGAUGAGAGCAGCGAAGGAAGCUCGUCAGGACGAAGCGGCAAGAAGGCGGGAAGGCAAGGAAGACAUAGAGUGUCUGCUUCUGCUUCAUCUGGCCUGAUCGCCGCCGUCUGGCCCGAUCCCAGAAAUGUCGUCCGGCUCGACGGCAGCAGCAACCAGAUCUCACAGCCUGGCCUCCUCCAGCGCAGCGACCAGCGCAGCAACGCCUCGCCCGGUCCUGUCGAGCACGCGCAGCGGGAAGACGCCGCGCCUGUCCUUUGUGGGCGGAGGUGCUGCAUUGGGCGGAGGUGGUUAUCUCCUCUUAGCGUCGCCCAACUCGUCACGAGGAGCCGGGGGCGCUCUAGCGGGAGCCGGUCAGGCUCAGCUGAGGAACCGUGUCGUAACGGGUCCUACUUCAUACGAGACCUCGCCUGCCGCAGCGAAGGGCAGAGCGGGAGCGGUGAGGGGAAGCAAGAGUGCUGA